CACACACACACUACCACCACUCUCUCUCUCUCGGCUGCGGGUCGUUGCUUCCAAGUGCCAAAUAAAGGACUGAUGUUACGAGCAGAUGCCUGAACUAAACAGAACAAGAAGUCAGUCUUGGUAUCUCAACAUCCUAAAAGCAACCGCAGCACCGAACAGCACCAGGGGCAGACAACAGCGCCUUACUUAGCAGUACUCUAGCCAGCCAGAUCAAGUGGUAACCUACCUGAUGGACAAUGCGCAUUAGAGAAAUUGCCAGAAACUAAGAGCUUGAAGAUUAAUUGAGGAUCUUGCAGUUUAGCAAUGGAACAAAAAGGUUAGUCAGAGAAACACCGUCUGGUGACGGAUACCUGGAGCACAGCCAACCCACCCAGUUAGACUCUGCAGUCUUCAACGCAGAGAGAAGAAUGGCAACAUCGAGCUGCUGCUGCCUGCUAAUGCUGCUCUGGGUCUGCCUUCUUGAGCCCAGCCAGCUGAGCCCUCUGUUAGAAAGGACUACUGAAGCACCGCAGGAUGGCACACCAGCGGAACCUUCGGGUAGCAAGUUCACCCUGCUGCACCGCUCCAAACGGGGCUGGAUGUGGAAUCAGUUCUUUUUGCUGGAGGAAUAUACUGGGUCAGAACCACAGUACGUAGGCAAGCUACACUCUGAUGUUGACAAGGGAGAUGGCACGCUAAAAUAUAUUUUGUCAGGGGACGGGGCUGGUACAGUCUUCAGUAUUGAUGAGAACACUGGGGACAUUCAUGCCUUAAAGAAAAUGGACCGGGAGGAAAAGUCUUUUUAUACAUUACGAGCCCAAGCCAUUGAAAGACGGACUGGCAGACCUGUGGAACCAGAAUCUGAGUUUAUUAUUAAGAUCCAUGAUAUUAAUGACAAUGAGCCAAAAUUUUCAAAGGAAACAUAUCUGGCUACUAUUCCGGAAAUGUCUGAUGUUGGUACAUCUGUAAUUCAAGUCAUUGCUACAGAUGCUGAUGAUCCCACCUACGGAUACAGUGCCAGGGUGGUCUACAGUAUUUUACAAGGCCAGCCCUACUUUUCAGUCGAGUCAGACACAGGUAUUAUUCGAACAGCUUUACCAAACAUGGACAGAGAAGCAAAGGAACAGUAUCAAGUGAUCAUCCAGGCAAAGGACAUGGGAGGACAGAUGGGGGGAUUAUCAGGGACAACAUCUGUGAACAUUACACUCACUGAUGUAAAUGACAAUCCUCCGAGAUUUCCACAAAGCAUAUACCAAAUGAGUGUACAAGAAUCUUCCCAAGAAGGUACAACCGUUGGCAGAAUUAAAGCAUUUGAUGCAGAUAUUGGAGAGAAUGCAGAAGUUAAUUAUCGUAUCAUUGAUGGUGAUGGGAUGAAUAUGUUUGACAUCAUCACAGAUGAGGCUUCACAAGAAGGUGUCAUUCUUGUGAGACAGAUGUUGGACUAUGAGAGCAAGAAAAGCUACACCUUGAAGGUAGAGGCACAGAACAGUCACCUUGAUGCUCGAUUUCUCUACUUGGGUCCAUACAAAGAUACGGCCACAGUAAGAAUUACAGUUGAGGAUGUGAAUGAGCCACCAGUGUUCAGCAGACCCUUUUACAUGCUGGAGGUGUAUGAAGAUGUUGAUGUGGGGACUAUCAUUGGCACAGUAACCGCCCAGGAUCCCGAUGCAUCUCGUAACCUCAUUAGUUAUUCAAUCGAUCGCCACACUGAUUUGGACAGGUACUUCAACAUAAACUCUGCAAAUGGAUCAAUUGUUACAUUAAAGCCACUUGACCGGGAAGAAACAGCAUGGCAUAACAUUACAAUAAUAGCAACUGAGACAAUUACAGAAAACUCGAGACAAAGUAGCCGCGUACCAGUUCAAAUCAAGAUUUUGGAUGUCAAUGACAAUGCACCAGAAUUUCCCAAGGUUUAUGAAACUUUUGUCUGUGAAAAUGCAAAGGCUGGCCAGCUGAUACAAACUGUCAGUGCUGUGGAUCAAGACUCACCACCAAGUGGAUCCAGGUUCUUCUUCAGCUUGACCCCAGAAGCUGCCAAUAAUCCUAAUUUCACAGUUCAGGAUAAUGAAGAUAACACAGCAGGAAUUCUCACCAGGAGAGGAGGAUUUAGCCGUCAAGAAAUGAACACCUACCUUCUGCCAGUUUUCAUUUCUGACAAGGAACAUCCUAUUCAGAGCAGCACCAAUACCCUUCUGAUUCGAGUGUGUGCCUGUGAUAGUGAUGGCACCAUGCAGUCCUGCAAUACUGAAGCUAUAAUCCUUCCUCCUGGGCUCAGCACUGGAGCCCUCAUCGCCAUUCUGCUGUGCAUCAUUAUUCUGCUCGUGAUUGUGGUGCUCUUCGCUGCCAUGCGAAAACAGAGGAAGAAAGAGCCUCUCAUCAUUUCCAAAGAGGAUAUCCGAGACAACAUUGUCAGCUACAAUGAUGAGGGUGGUGGCGAGGAGGACACCCAAGCCUUCGACAUUAGCACACUGAGGAAUCCUGAGGUCAUAGAAGACACACAGUUACGGAGGGAUAUCAAACCCGAGAACUUCCUUCUACCUCGGCCAACCCCCCCAAUACCAGACAACACCGAUGUCAGAGAUUUCAUUAAUCAGAGGCUAAAGGAGAAUGAUACAGAUCCUAGUGCCCCUCCUUAUGAUUCUCUAGCAACAUACGCCUAUGAAGGAAAUGGUUCCAUAGCAGAAUCACUCAGCUCCUUGGAAUCAGUUACCACAGAGACAGACCAAGAUUAUGAUUACUUGAGUGACUGGGGACCUAGGUUCAAAAAACUGUCAGACAUGUAUGGUGGAGAUGACAGUGACAGGGACUCUUAGCGAGAAAAAUCAUUCCCUUAAAUUCAGCUUUCGACGGAACGGAGUAUUGCUGUGUAAACAUGCGGGCCAGUACUUUUUUCAAAAUCUAUCUCACUAAAGCAUUUAUUGUGUACUGUUGGACUUUUAUUCCAUAUAUUCAUGGCUUCAGAAUGGUUCCAGUGUGAAGUGUGUAACUUUUGCUUCAUUUAAUGAGCAUCCCCAAGAAGGCAAUUCUAUGAGAAUUUAUACAUUAACUAUAUGCCUACACGACCCACUGUUGCACUAGUGGAGACACAUGUUAUAUUGCUCAUUUUGUUUCUAAAAUAGAAAUACUUCACAGGUAUUAUUGUCUACACAGAAGAAUAGAAAAUGUAUUAAAAUAGGGAUGUGCAUAGAACAAGUUCUUAAAAACAGCCAGAGGUAGAUUUUGAUGGUUUGGAAGAUUCAGGUUGGAGGCAGGCAUUAGACAUGAUCUAUGAUUCUUGUUUUCUGGGUUGAAAACUGACUUUUGCCUUUCUUCUCCAAUCCCAAAUUACAUGGAAACUAUUUGCAGGAGUGGCAGGCAAGCAACAAAUUCAACUUGAUUGGGAAACACAUCAAAAUGUGCAUCAAACCAACAAGCACUUUCCUAAGAGAUGAAAGAUUAUGAGAGUCACAUGUGUGCCACUGAACAACAAGACUUGGUCUAAUAAAAAACCUGGGAUUUAUCCCAGGUUCACAGUCUUAGACCUGCAAGCCUGUUGGCCAGCACAUCCCUUUGGUGAACUUAGUGAAUUAGAUGUUUGAGCUGAACGUGUGGUCAAGUCAACUGUUUUCUUUCACAAUGUACUGUACUGUAAUUUAGAUUCAAUAUACACUGAUGUAUACAUAUUGUAUGCAGAGUUGUAUUAUGUAGUGUGGAUGUAAAUCACUACAGGUGCAUCUUAAAACUAAGUUAAUUGGCUGGGUGUAGUUGACUGUUUGAUGUGCAGCAGAUUUAAGCUGCACACAUUAACCUAAUGACACAAAGUUCCUAUUUAGUUUACUACCUGAAAUGUUCAACCCCUGUUGCAAAACUAAGAAUCUGGUGAGAACUGUGGAUUCCUGAGGAAGCACCAACAAUUCAACUUGACCAUUCUUACCUGCAGAUUAGAGAAAAUAUUUUUAUGCAAUGUGCUGCUCCUAAUGGCCAAUGAAAGUUAGACUGAACUAGCCCUUUAGUUGGCCCUUGUCACCAUAAAUCGUAAGUGUGGCAUCUUCUCAAAGGCAAAUUAAAUUAUCCCAUAAAUACAGCCAUCUUCAUUAUUGCAAAACUGCAGUGGUCUGGAGUUUACAAAGCAUCAUUAAAUGGAGUUCUGUCAAAAGAGCUUCAACAAAUAAAAUUAAAAUUCUUGAAAACCAUCUCAUAUCCUGUUUGCAACAUCCGUCACAGAUGGUUUUAAGUGGAUGAUGAUAUAAAUCACUGAGCCAAGGGGAGCAGAGGCCCAAGUGACCCUUUGCAGAAAUUAAGACAUUUUUGCAAUCUGAGAUUAUGACGAAGGAAUACAUUUUAGACUGCCUGCUGCCUCAGAAUGGAUCACUCCCAGCUCAGAAAUUUUCCAAGGCCAGCUUGCGGCUUUGCAUUGUGCCCGCCUUUGCAAUGUGAAGGGUUGACACUUUGGAGGGAUACGAGGAAGAAGAAUUGUGGCUACAUUUAAGAGUUAGCCCACAGGAGCUUAGACUCCCAAUCCAACCAAAGCUUUAAAGCUGGAAUAUGAAUUCAUAAAAUCUCUUUUUCACUUUGAAUUAGCCUAAGGUCUGAUCGGGAAAGGUUUAUCAAGUAACCAGACUGGCUGAUUUGUUUCUAACAGUUCAACGUUAUUCCACGUAUAAUGACUGAAAUGUUACCUGGUUUUCUUUAAUCCGCAAGCUCUAACAUUCUGUGAUAACCUUGUCAGGCAAGCCAUCUAUUCUCUGCACACAGAACAAGUACUGGAUGUUUUCCUUGCCAGCACAAAUGAUAACAUGGUUCUGUCGUGACCACUUGGAAAAUCCAAGUGAUGAUUUGCUAGAAGUGAACAUAAAAAAUAGUCAUUAACUACUCUGUAUUCAAAGCAUAAUGGAACUGCAGAGGAUUCCCACAUGCAUUUUUUUCCAUGGAGACAAACAUAACCAUGGAAAUUGACCUUGAUGGGAUUAUUAAUGGAUGUGGAAAUGUUAGACAUAUUUCAAAUACUAUUUCAAUGUGGAUCCAAAGAUCCAGUGUUCCUUUUCUCAUUGUUCCAAUUUAAUGGUUUUAUAGUAACUAGAAUUUAAAGGUACACACCUCCUUAAUGUACUGUACUUUUGUGAAAGGAUUCCAAUAAUAUUAUCAUUUUACCUAAUCUGUGUAAAUCUGUAAGAUAAGGCUUCUCUUCUGCAAUAUCACUGCCAGCUUCUUUGACUCAAUCUUUGGUUAAUCAUUGAGGGCUUUUGUGCAAGAUAAAUCCAAAAGAGCCCAGUGGUAUAUUCUUACUUCAGAGUCUACUUUGAAAGAAAUUACAGAACAAAAAACAGCUUCAAGGAAUCCUAUUGUGGAAACUAGAAUUGAACGUCGGGGAUCCCUGUGCUUCUGGUGUCCACAGACUGAAAAUUAUAUCAGCCCUACUGAAGCCCAGACCCUCAACCUCCAACCAAGAGGAGACGACUCAAAAACUGCCCACAAAUAUUCAGCAGAACCUCUGUCAGCAAGUUCCCAAGGCAAGAUAUUUCAUCUCUACCAAAGGAAAAAUACCCAGGGGAUCGAGAGGUAUAAUUAGGGGUUAGCCAUUAAGAACCCACGCUUACCCAAGGUGGGGGGUGUUGUCGAUGAACUAAGAAACAGGAAUAAAACCCUACCAACAUUCCAAUAUGUAUGCUGUUUACAUAUUUUAUGCUAAAAUAAUCCAUUAAUAUUCAAAUUAGAUUCAUUGACCAAUUACACUUUUUUUGAACAUUUUGUUCAACCAACUGAGCUAAUUGGGAGAAAGUACAUUCUGCAUCCACUUGCUCUGAUUCAACCAUGCAUAAAGAAACACUUACACAAGAUGGGUGUUACUUUAAAAUCCAUAACUGUACUCAUCGUCCAGUUAGGAUUAGCUUAGACAAUCUUAGCAUUUAAUUAAUGUUUUGUCUUGUGAAAUUUUGAGACUUGUUUGUGUCACUUGAGCACUGAAUAUUUUAAAUCUGUUCAGUCAAAAACAGUGCAAUUCAGUAAUAAGAGUAUGUUAAAUCCUCUUCAGGCACUUGAAAAAUAUAAUCAAAUCCAUUACAUCAUUUUAGUGUCUAUUUGGAUGGCUACUUCAUGGAAAGAGUAUACUAAGAGAACUGAUGUACAGCUGUUGCAGAAAUUAUGACAAAUGAAUGGGAUGACAUAAUUUCACUCGUAUAAUCUCAUUUUAGGUGCCAUAACAUUGAGUUAUUAUUUUUUACCUAUGUAAAGAUUUACCUGUAAUCUAACUUGCUUAAGAAACAAUGCAGGAGUAAGAUCCAGAUCUCCAAUUGGUUUGAGGCUGAAUGGGCCAGUGAGUGAUAGAAAUGAGAAAGGUUCUUUUGAAAAGUCAUCAAACUGUAACAUUAACUCUGCUCCUCCCUCCAAAGAUGCUGAAUAUUUCCUGCAUUUUCUGUUUCUGUUACCCAACAUAGGGUUACAAGUGUAAUACCAAAGGGCAACUGUGUAACAAAGCAUGUCAGUCGGGCAGAAAUAAUUCCUUGGUCUCUUGCACCAAGCACACAAAGAGGUGGUUCCUUUCAUAUUCUGCCUCCAAGAUUUGGUUCCAUCGACUUUAAUUCAAAACCAGAUUACCCACAUGAGUCAUAUGCAUCAUGUGCAUUUAGAGCAAGUGACCAAUGAAGAAUCUUUACUCCAGUGUCUUCAAGAGAGGGAGAUAUAUGGGGGGAGAAAAAUCACAGCAACUUAUUAUAUGCUGUAUUUCCAUCUUCCAUAUAUUCAGUUUUGCAUGAAUCACCCCUUAUCCGUUUUAAAACUUAGGCCAAAUUUUUAUCACUAACCCAGUCAGAUGUCUUUUGAUAGUAUUGACCUGCCAGUUUAAAUAACGUUGUGGCUAUUAACAUUUCUGUUAAUGUGAAAUAUUUCAAUGUGGCUGGGCCAGUUGGUACAACUGAAAAUAGCUAACGCCAAUGAAGGAUCCUUGCUUACGUUUCAGAUUGAUACCUGCUUUUUUUUUUUAUGAUUUCAAGAUCUGCAAAGAUAGUCACUGUUAGCAGCAUCUGUAUGUUUAGCAAUUGGAAUAAAAUCUGAGUCAUUUUCUUUUGCUAAGUAAC